AUGACCGGAACCUGCACUCUUCAUCAUUUUCAGCUGGUACAACCUGUCUUCCGAAGACUCGCCCCUCAGACCUCUCUUCUGCCGCACUGGGAAUAUGAGACAGCUCGCUCGACCAACGGAGUCAACCACGGACCAGAAGGAAACAGAUUAUUCCCUCAAAGGGUCGAUUCGGCUCCAAGCAAGCAAGUACGCUUAUCAUUCCCUCCCCCGGAUGGUCCUACCAGAUCCACAGCUACGGCCUCUGCAAGUGAUCCCCACACCCAGUACCGCCCCCCUUUGAGAUCACUCCCAGUCGACAUCAACCGAGUUCCUCCGACGUCAGCAAUCGACCCGUACCACACGCACAGCUCAUUCAUAAUUUCGCCUUCUCGAAGGGAUCGAAGUGCAAGUCAAUCUACCUUCCAUCCCUUCUCUAUGUCGACAAGCUCUUCUGCUCUACCUACUCCAGUGUCCCUCAAAUCUACGACUGGGGUUGAGCAGUUACUUGCUCAAGCCCACCAAAAGGUCGAUAAGCUCUCUAGGAAGGCUUUUUGGACCAACCAAGAAUUGGAAGUGGCACAAAGAGAAUUCAAAGCCCUCGAGGAUGCGGGAGAAGUUGUGAGAUUACGAAAUCAACUGCAAGAUGCGAACGAGGGAAUUGAUUCGCUGAAAAGCGACAUCACAGCUAAAAGUAUAGAAUUAAAUAGGCAUUGGUCAUCUAAUGCCCUAAUAUUGCAAAAUGAGUAUGUAGCGGAAAUGGAUAAGAAGGACGAAAGGAUCAAAUACCUUCAGGUAAAAGUUGGGAUAUUGGAAAAUCAGGUGGCGGAUCGGACUAACACAAUAGUUGGGUCUACCCACCCUCAAACUAGCGACAAAGCCAAGCCUUGUUUUGCUCCAGGGAGAGCACCCAGGGGUAUCUUGCGAAAGCCCACUCGAAUAGUGUGUCAAUCAGGAGGAUCUGCUCCCCGCCCCGCCAAGACCUCCUCAGAUGACCUUUUAGCGAUUCAAGAAGGACCUGCACAGACACGAGCUGUCCCAUCUCGGGAACCGUCCCAGAUCGUCAAUGGUAGUAAGAGGGUGGAAGGAUCCUCAAGAUGGAACCUCGAUCAUCCAUCGCAUUUGACCCAUGAUCCAAAUCCAGCUGAAGGUGACUGGUCCCGAAAGAGAAAAGCCCGACAAUUCCAGUGGUCUGCUAAUCAUCCUAGCUCAGAAGCUAGUCAGAGGAACCCCGAAGCAACUUAUUCCUUCGAUAUAUUCGACCAACUCCCUGAUCUCUGUGAUCUGGAUACGGAACGCGAUGUCGGGCCAGAAGAAGGAGAUGAAGUUCUGGUGAAUGGUAUCAAGAUGAAAUAUCUAGUGGAACCUGAAGCUGAGAAGAAGCCUCAUGGACUUGAUAAUAUCAACCGAGACAUUGAGGCCCAUGUCAAGGAAGACGCUGAUCCUCGAGACCCUAUCGAAGAAGACGUUCUAGGUAUCGAAGAGUGGGAUGGAUUCGGUGAGCAAGACUGGGAUGGGUUCGGGGUGCAAGAUCUUGAGGGAUACGGAGUAGCAGAUGACGAUGGGUUUGGUGUAGCAGACGAUGAUGGAUUUGGAGAGGUCGAUCUGGAAGGUUAUGGAUGUGAGGAAUACGAAGGAUUUGGAGUGGAAGAAGAUGAUGGGUUUCUCAUUGAGGAAGACGACGGACUGUUUGUGUGUUAG